GGGAGUAGCCGUGUGGAGCUGCUGGUUUUCGGCUAUGCCUGCAAGCUGUUUCGAGAUGAUGAGAAGGCUCAGUACCAGGAGCAGGGGCGACACCUUAUUCCUUGGAUGGGAGACCCCAAGAUCAUGAUCGAUAGGUCGGUGUAACACAACCCCCAGACUCUGCUGCGAGAUCUCCUGUUAUAGCCUCUUUCUGUUCCUCCCCUUAUGCUGUGGGCAGGUGAGGGCGGGGGAUGAGCAAAGGGCUCACUCUGGCAGACGUGUGGGGAUCUUCUUUGCUGGCAGAGAUGGAGGGCAGCUCCUCCUGGUAGAGCGCUGCGAGUGCUGCGUCUGGAACGCUGCAGGGCCGUCCCCCCGGCAGCGGGAACUUGGGGUUCCCCGCUCUGGCAGUGCUGGGAGGUUCCCCUCCUUCUGACAGUCAGUGUGCGCUGGGUCUCUCUGCUCCACUUGACAGGGUAGGGUUUGCAAGGUGGAGUGGAGAGUGGGAAUUAUCUGUUCCUUUUCAAUGCAAACCACAAACAUCAUCUUUUCUCACUUGGAAACCAAGGGAGCCUUAUUGCAUGGGAGCACGUAUUAGGCACUUUACAUGUUCUCUAAGCGAGAAGGGUGCAGUGUGGGGACUGGAAAGGUAUUUAUCCACCUUAGGGGAAAUGGGGUUUUCUUAUUUCUCCUUUGUAAUUUGGCUGCAAGCUGUCGGUGGGAUAUCCCAGGAGCAAUUCUUGGCCUAAUUACUUUUCCUUGUGCCGUGAUUCGUUGUAUUAGGCAGAAUGGCUUUGAUUUUGGGUGCUUGCUUUUCAAAUUUUAUGUCAGGCGUGGCUUUUUUUGGUUGUUCUGCAUUAGGUGCAUGUUCGUGGCCAGAAAGAGUAAUAGACUCUGCUUUGACAUUUCUUCUGGCCUCUAAGUUGUUUCAGCAAUAUGGGGUGGGAUUUAGAAAUAAAUGAAUUCAGAAUGAAUUUUCUGAAUAUUUUUCUGGAGAGAGGGAAGAUGGGCGGUCAGGUUGGGUAUAUUUGAGUGAAGCACUGAAAGUACAAUUUAAGAGUUGUGGCUGACCCUGAGAACCUCAGUGGGAAAGAUGGAAGGAUUUUGGUUUGAAAAGGAUCACAUGACAUACUAUAGAUAUUUGUCCCCUCAAUUUCAUCAUUGCUUUGGUGCUAUACAUAGCACAAUUGUUCUUGUUUUGAUUUAACAACUGUAUUUGGCUUGGAAGUAUAUCAGCAAGGGAAUGCCUUUUCAUUUCCUUCUAUAAGACUGGAGAAAAAAAGAAAUGCCCGUGCACUGUGUUGGGGUUUACACCAUUAAUAUUUUUUGUGAUUGAAAUUAACUUGCUGAAUUGGAACAAACAUAAAGAUGUGAAAAAAGCCAACCAUAAAUAUUUAUAGCUAUGUAUAAUUUCUGAGAAUAGAAGUGUUACGAUGCACACUUCUAAUCCAGAUCACUUUUGUGAUAGAUUUCAUUAGAGGCCAUUUUUGUGGUCCUGUGCAACAGUAACCCAGUUUACAGUCGUUACAGAAAUUGUUGGGAGCAAAAACUAAGUAUGUGCAUGUAUGUACAUAUAAUGCCAAAAAACCUAAAUAACAUGCAUUUGUAAGUUAAGGUAGCUUGCAAUUACUAAUCUUAUAAACUCCUUUGGAAGCUUAGAUUCUUUUUAUCUCCAGCAGCAGGAAGUCUUCAUUUUUCUCCAUUUUGAGAAAAGCACAUUGCUAUGAGAAGACAUGGGUUGAAGUUUGCCUGUGGACAGAGCUUGAUUAACCAGACCUACGUGUUUCAUUAACUUUUUACUAUAAGAAUAUUUACUUUCUUUGUUUUUGGUCUAGCAAGUUGGCACAAAUCAAGAGUUGUGUGUGGGAAGACACCUCAGCGGAGUCAAGUUUACUGUCACUUUACUUUUCAAUCAGUUUCUCUUACUGAUGCAUAAACAUUAUCCCAAUGCAGUGCUUUUCCUGCAAAUGAAAUUAUUUCUGCUUAGUAGAAAGGAACUGUACGUCAUUGAUCUUUGCCGUUUUUACGGUGAACCUCCUUAAAUUGCAUGUAUAUGUUACUGUUCCUAUGUAUGUGUGUCUCUCUAUCACAUAACCCAGAACUUAUUUCCUCAGCCAAAUGGCUAGGGGCCGAGCCUAGCCAUGAUUUUACCUCCAAUGGACGCAAGUUUCUAUGGUGAAGAUAUCUCCUGAGAGUUCGGGACUAGCAGAAAGAAGCGAGGAAAUUUCGACCGUUUGGUUCUUACGGAUAGGUAUGAUGGGCGUGGUCACCUACAUGACCUUUCUGAAUAUGAUGCUGAAUAUUCCACGUGGAACAGAGAUUAUCAAUUGUCUGAAGAGGAAGCUAGAAUAGAAGCCCUCUGUGAUGAAGAGAGAGGAGGAAUAUAAAAGGUUGAGUGAAGCUUUGGCAGAGGAUGGUACCUAUAAUGCAGUGGGAUUCCGUUAUGGCAGUGACUAUUAUGACCCUUCAGAGCCCACCGAGGAGGAAGAGCAUCAGCCUGCAAAACAAAGAGAAACAGCUCAGACAGAAAAUGUAGAAGAAAAUGAAGAACCUUUUGUUGCCCCUCCGGGGCUGAACGUACCUUCUGAUGUGGAACUGCCACCAACAGCAAAAAUGCACGCGAUUAUAGAACGAACUGCAAACUUUGUCUGCAAGCAGGGAGCACAGUUUGAGAUUAUGCUAAAAGCCAAGCAAGCACGCAACUCCCAGUUUGACUUCUUGCGAUUUGAUCACUACCUCAAUCCCUACUACAAAUUCAUUCAGAAGGCUAUGAAAGAGGGACGAUACGCUGCUCCUUCUGAAAAUAAAGCAGAUGAGAAGAAACACUCAAGAGUCAAGUCUGAGGAAGAAGACGACGAUGAUGACGACGAUGAUGGAAAUUAUCUGCAUCCAAGUCUCUUUGCGUCUAAAAAAUGCAGUAGGCUUGAAGAACUCGUGAAGCCUUUGAAGGUAGUAGACCCUGAUCAUCCACUUGCAGCGCUGGUGCGCAAAGCGCAAUCAGAUAAUAAUUCAUCGACAACACAGACAACAGAUGGGGCAGCUGUACAGACAUCACAAGCAGAAUAUUCUUCUGAUUCAACCGUGGCAGCCAUGUAUUAUAGUUACUAUAUGCUGCCUGAUGGAACCUAUUGCCUCGCUCCUCCACCUCCAGGAAUAGAUGUUGCCACCUACUACAAUGCGUUGCCCGCAGGGGUGACUGUAUCAAGCACUACAGGGGUAGCAACAGUACCUCCGCCCCCUGGUACUACACCUCCCCCUCCCCCAGACACAACCGACAGCAGCAGUGGCUUGACGUCUACCACAACAUCUACAAGCACAAUUGCUCCAGUGGUUGCCAUUAUACCUCCACCCCCAGAUAUCCAACCUGUUAUUGAUAAGCUAGCUGAGUACGUUGCUAGGAAUGGGAUAAAAUUCGAAACCAGCGUUCGUGCCAAGAAUGAUCUCAGAUUUGAGUUCCUGCAACCGUGGCACCAGUAUAAUGCUUAUUAUGAAUUUAAAAAACAGUUCUUCCUUCAAAAAGAGAGCAGUGACAACUGUCAGGGAGUAUCUCCAUCUGAAGAUGUUCCAGCAGAUACUUCCGGUGAUACACCAAGUGAGACUCAAUUUGCAGAUGAACAUGCACCUGAAGAUGCAUCUGAACCAAGUGCUAAGGGAGUUCCAGGAACUAAAAAGGAUGUUCCUCCUUCUAAAACUGUCAGCGAUGGUAAAUUGGUGAAAGCAUCAUUUGCUCCAAUAAGUUUUGCAAUCAAGGCCAAAGAAAAUGACCUUCUUCCUUUGGAGAAAAACCGUGUUAAAUUAGACGAUGACAGCGACGAGGAGGAAGAAGAAGGCAAGGAAGGCCAAGAGAAUGCUAAUAGCGCUUCAAACCAUACUCCAGCUGUUACCACUCCUUGCACUGCUCCUGAAGAGAAGAAACCUCAGCUUACACAGGAGGAGUUGGAAGCUAAACAAGCAAAGCAGAAACUAGAGGAUAGAUUAGCAGCUGCAGCAAGAGAGAAGCUUGCACAGGCCUCCAAAGAAUCAAAAGAAAAGCAGCUACAAGCAGAACGCAAAAGGAAAGCUGCGCUGUUCUUGCAGACCCUGAAAAACCCUCUGGCAGAGGCAGAAACUGAGAAAAUUGAAGAGAAUUCCUUCAAUAACGAGAGCGUCAAUAGUAUACCGUGUCCUGUGACUGCAGUCAGAACUUUACCCACCUUGGAAGUUAAACAAACAGAAAGGCCUUCAAGCAAAAGCAAAGAACUUCCUAGGGAUGAAGAAAAAGAAAAGAAAAGGAAAAAACACAAGAAAAGAUCUCGGACAAGAUCUCGAUCGCCAUUCAAGUAUCAUUCAUCGUCUAAGUCCAGAUCUAGAUCACAUUCAAAAGCAAAGCACUCACUUCCCACUGCCUAUAGAACUGUCAGGCAUUCAAGACUCACAGCAUCCACAGGGACACUGAGCAUGGAGCCGAGUCUGAGCAGCUCAUCAAUGGCAGCAGCAACAGAGCGGGAAAAUUAUCAGGCAACUUCGACAACGAAAAGAUUUGACUGCUGGAGCUCUUUUGAGGGAAAUCCUGGUAAAAUGUCAAGGUCGCGAUCAAGGUCACCUAGGAGAAGGGCUCACACACCAGAAAGGCGGAGAGAUGAAAGAAGCGUUCCGACAGCUUACCGUAUUAGUAAUAGUCCUGGAAAUAGUAGGAAACGUCCCCGCUCCAAAAGUCCCCAUGAAAAGAAGAAGAAGAGGCGGUCUAGGUCACGUACCAAGUCUAAAGCUAGGUCUCCUUCACCAUCCAUGUCACCAGGCAAACCAUCCACACACAAAAAUUCUGUACAUUCAACUAGUGUCUCUCCUGUGGAGAGCAGGGAAUCCAGCCAGGAACGCUCCAGGGGAGUUUCUCAGGAAAAAGAUGGCCAAAUCUCUUCAGAAAUCGUGUCUUCAGUGCAGAGUAAAAUCACUCAGGAUCUUAUGGCCAAAGUGAGAGCAAUGCUUGCAGCUUCCAAAAACAUCCACACUAGUGCCUCCUGAGACCUGUUGAACUGACCGUCAAGAAAUCGUGUGAAAAGGAACAAUAUUAAAAACUGCCUCAUCUCAAAUGUACAGCUGAGCUCACUUGGUUCACGACUCGUCUAAUAUUACCAGAACUCAAGGAGCUAAAACCUAUCUUUCUGUACAGAAGCAUCUCCUUGAAAUUUCAUUAAACUUUUUCAGCCAGAAUAUCUUUGGAAAGUUUUUGGUUUUUGUAAAUUGAUUUUUUGACUAAUUCUUCAGUAACAUUUUAUGAUCAGCCGUCUAUAUGUGUAUAUUUGUAAAUACCAUGUUUCUGUGAAAGAAGUAUUACACAAUAAUAAAGAAGGAAACAUCUUUCAUUA